AUGCAAACCCGGGUGUUGUCGUGGCUGGCCCUCGGCAUCCUCCUGGGCAUUCCUGCAGGAGCCAAGCCAAUGCCAGAGGAAGCAGAUCCCUACACACAGCCACCAGCCAUGCCCUACUGGCCUUUCUCCACCUCUGACUUCUGGAACUAUGUGCAGUAUUUCCAGAGCCAGGGCGCCUACCCACAGAUUGAGGACAUGGCCAGAACGUUCUUUGCACACUUCCCCCUGGGAAGCACCCUGGGCUUCCAUGCCCCCUACCAGGAGGACUGA